GCUCAGGAGGUGGUUGCGUGACUCCUGGUGAGAUAGCACCAGUGUGAGUAGAGUGAGUGCACAGGUCGGUGGGACAGUAUCGGUUAGAACGUGGAAACUCGACGGGACGCGUCUUUUACGCAGCGACAGCCACCUUGUGAUAUUACUGGACGGAAUAAGUCAUUUUGACUUUUUCGUCUCUUUAAGGGAGGUGGAGACAACUUAACCACCCCCUCCCUUCGUCCUGGACUGAAAUCACCGACUGUCUUUGCACAGGGGAGACACUUGAAGGACUCCCAAAGCACUUGAGAUGGAGACUCCCGAUGGCCACUGUGCGAGUAAUGGCCAAUGCUCUCCUGGUAAGGAGAACUCAAGAGUUUUACCAGACAUGUCAACACCUAAUGGACAGACAGUUCCUCAGGGUCCCAAUUCCCCCCGCGAACUGACAAUUAAGCAAGAGGAAGACACGGUGGAGGAAACUGACAACAGAAGCCCAGCACUUGAAGAAAUAGGCCAAACAGGGGAGGAAUUGGUCGUAUUGGAGGAAUCCAUGACUGGCAGUCCGAGCAAUGCCCAGGAUGGAUUGUCUGGACCCAAUACAACGGCUGAUUCAGGAAGUCGGCAACCAAAUGGUGAGAGGCCAUUCCAGUGCAAACAAUGUGGUGUCUCGUUCACCCAGAAGGGAAACCUGCUGCGACACAUCAAGCUGCACACGGGCGAAAAACCAUUCAAAUGCCCCUUCUGCAGCUACGCCUGCCGGCGGCGCGAUGCCCUCACUGGUCAUUUGCGCACUCAUGCUGUUGGCAAACCGCACAAGUGUAACUACUGUGGGCGGAGUUACAAGCAGCGCACGUCUUUGGAGGAGCAUAAAGAGCGAUGCCACAGUUACCUGCAAGGUAUCGGUCUGGAUCCGACUGCCCACACCAGCCCUUACACAGGUGAGGUUCCUAAAGAGCCGAGGGCCAUGGCAGAGGCAAACGCCAUGGCAACCUUCGAUAGGCCGCCAGUUAUUGAGAGGCUGCAUAGCAAUGUGGGCAAGAGGAAGAGCACCACGCCCCAGAAGUUUGUGGGUGAAAAGAUGGUUCGCUACAGCUACCCUGAUAUAGGCUAUGAGAUGGGCAUUAAGUAUGAAAAGCAGGCUGAGCUGAUACCAGCCCAUAUGAUGGACCAGGCCAUCAGCAAUGCUAUCACGUACCUAGGAUCGGACAGCCUUCGGCCCAUGCUCCACCAUACAGGGCCCCCUCUCUCUAUGGCUGAAGUGGUGCCCAUGGUCAACCCCCUCUACCACCAUGUCCUGCCAUUGGGCCACCGUACAGAGCAUCCAGGAAACUGUGAUUCGCUGCCACCACAUCCGCCUCAGUCCAAUAACUUCCCCAGCCACCCCACCUCAAAUGGCCCCACUUCUCUAACCAGGCAGGACAAGCCACCCCAGUCAGGGCACGAGGAAUCACCCAGCAACAGCGGAGUCGACUCUGCAGACUCGGCUCGGAGCAGCCCUCAGGAGAGACAGGGCCACCAUGGGGUCCAUCCCCCUCCUGGCCUCAGGUCUCGAGUGAGUCCAGCGGUGAUAUGCUCAAGUGAGCGGGUGACGGAACCAUCACUGAGAGCAGGGAUGGGGACUGGGCUGAUGCGAGUGGCCGCAGAGAGGCCCAUGAGCCAGAGAGGGGUGAGGGUGUUUGCACGAGAGGGGCAGGAGCUGCGGGCCUUCCAGUGCAGGCACUGCCAGGUGCUGUUCCUGGACCAUGUUAUGUACACCAUCCACAUGGGUUGCCACGGUUACAGAGAUCCACUGGAGUGCAACAUCUGUGGGCACCGCAGCAAAGAUCGCUACGAGUUCUCCUCUCACAUCGUCCGUGGUGAACACACCUUCCAGUGAAAGCAUGCGUGGGGAUUAAGAGGAAGACAAAGAAGGGAAUGGAGCAAUAGCCUGAUAUCCAUUCUUAUCCCCAGACCUCUGAGACUGAACAGCUGAAGAGCACUGUAUUCAAGUGUAGCACAAUCAAAGACUUCUUUUUAAGCUACUUAUUGUGAAUCAGAACAUUUUACAACAAUCAUAUGAAGGUAUGGGCCAA